GCUGUCUUCUUGGCUUGUUCCCUGAGCUGCUGCUCUAUUAUGAGGAAGUUGGACCCUUUAACCGUCGGCUAGCCGCGGAAAGUUUGUGGGAAGUGUCGUGACGCGUUCACCGCAUGCAGAGUCGAGACCAAGCUGUGAGUUGACCGAGGGAUAACACUUCAGUGUGUUGGCGGCGCAUGUAUGGAACUACAGCCUGGCGAUAUUCACUGGGAUAUAUAUAUACAUACGUGGAACUUUUCGGUGCGGAUGAAGGAAUUAACAGUUUUGGUCAGCCAAGAGACAGGGUGUUAAGAGUGUCGCCAAAGUUUACCGUAGACCCCUGAUUAGGGGCACCGUGUGCGUGCGUGUGUGUUUGCAACACCGCCUAACUAAAGUACUCAAGCGGUCGAUCUACUGCACAAUGGCGAAUGGCCCGACCCGAGGGGAACUCCGACUUGGGAGUCCUCUGUAUCCUCAAACAUCAGAUUCAGACAACGGACGGCCAUGUCUGGUGUGCAGGGAGCAUUGUCCAGGCUUUGCCAUGCAUUAUUGGAGAAAGAUUUGUCAGAACUGCAAAUGCCCGCCUGAAGCACAUGAUAUGGGAUCAAGUAAAGAGCCUGAGAGGAGCAUCAACAGGUUUAUCCAUGAUGUCAAGCGCAACUCCACGUCUGACGACGACAGUGGAUGCGCCUUGGAGGAAUAUACCUGGGUACCCCCAGGCCUCAAGCCUGAGCAGGUUCAUCAGUACAUGAGCGUUUUACCUGAUGACAAGGUGCCCUAUCUGAACAGCAUUGGAGAGAAGUAUCGCAUUAAGCAACUCCUGCAUCAGUUACCUCCACACGAUAACGAAGGGCGCUACUGUAACAGUUUAAAUGAGGAUGAACGGCAUGAGUUGAGGAUAUUCAGCAGCCAGCGUAAACGGGAUGCCUUAGGGAGAGGCACAGUCAAACCUAUACCCCUUACCCUAGAAGACGUGAUAUGUGAUAAGUGUGGGGACUGUGUGUCAGGAGGGGAUAUCGCGGUGUUCGCCUCCCGAGCAGGGGCAGGUCACUGCUGGCACCCGAGCUGCUUCGUCUGCAUGACCUGUGAGGAACUCUUGGUGGAUCUCAUCUACUUCUACAAGGAUGGCCAGUUGUACUGUGGCAGGCACCACGCAGAAAUGAUCAAACCCCGCUGUGCUGCCUGUGAUGAGAUCAUUUUUGCAGAUGAAUGUACUGAGGCAGAGGGCAGGAGUUGGCACAUGAAGCACUUUUGCUGUUUUGAGUGUGACCGCCAGCUUGGGGGACAGAGGUAUAUCAUGAAGGAGGGGCGGCCAUAUUGCUGCCAGUGCUUUGAAGUGAUGUUCUCAGAAUUCUGUGAUACUUGCGGUGAUCAUGUUGGGGUGGACCAGGGCCAGAUGACACACGACGGUCAACACUGGCAUGCCACAGAUCAGUGUUUUAAGUGUCACACCUGCCAGAAGUCACUACUUGGUCAGCCUUUCUUGCCCAAACACGGUGUGAUCUACUGCUCUGCAGCUUGCAGCAGGGCAGGGUCCAUGCAGACACAGACCCCGAGACGACCAGAAGAUUACAUACAGGACAUUAAUGCUACGUAUAUUCAGCUGAGCACUACAACACCUGGCAGUGUAACAAGCCAGCCUCAGGUGUACGCUCAGAUAACGGCAGACUUAAGGCAACAGUUUCGUCUGAGCCAGAAUAUUUCAUCUUCGUCAGACCGCAGCAUGCAGAGCAAAUCAAACGACGUCAGCCCAGAAGACUUUGUUCGGCCACCUUUGGGCUUUGUUCAUCAAGGCAACGAACUGAAUAUGAACUGCAUGCCUCAGAGAAGCGAUCAUGACUUAGAAGGUAUGGUGGAGAACAUGUGCAUAAGUGACGGUCGUAAAAAGCACAGGCUCUCGCAGUUUUCAAUGCCAGACUUAACUAAGGACACACCUGGCACACCUGGGUCAGACAGAAGGAGCACAGUGAGUUCAAACAAAAGCCGCAGUAAGUCCGGCUCAGAACGCAACCUUAGUGUCACAUUUGACUUGCCACAGGAUACCCCUUCACCAAGUCGGCAUUAUGAGGUACCCCACAUGCCAAGGACUCAACUAAGAACUAAUGGCUCUUUCAAUGUGAACAAUAGACCAACAUAUGUUGAUCCAAAAACUACCAUGACAUACUCGGCUUCACCAAAGCGGCAGCCUCUGUCUCCGCCACGGGAGCUGUGUGAUAAUGCUGAGAAGAUGAACCCGAUAUCUUACCCUCAACAGCCACAGCCCAACACCUCUCAGGGCAUGACAUACCCGCGGAGUCGCAGCUUUGACGAGCGCUCCUGGGGAAGCAGGCAGUUCCAAGACGGACCUCACGGAGCCCACAGCCAGGGUGCUGGUAAGGGUAACCAAUGUUACCAAAGGGCUUGCUCAGAACUGGCCAUUGAGGACGGGUUUGCCCGUCACGAACGAGCGGGUUUUGAUGAGGACUGGUGCAGUACCUGUUCCAGUUCUAGCGAUUCUGAUGACUUUUUCUACCCGCCAGCACGUGUUGGACCAAGAAUCUCUUAUGUGGAUGACAUGGGAGGGACAGGUAAAGGCCGUGGCCGCAGAUCUCACCUGUCCUCCAGCGGCAAGCGGCAUCGGGAUAAAAGCAAAAACUGUGUACUGUCAUAAUGUUAAUUUAUUAGGCCCACCUGUGUAGAAUGUGUUACCUGAAGUCAAGUGCAUUGGAUUGACACGUUAGUUCAGAAUGUGCAGUGCACGUAACUGAUUAAAGUGUUUAAUAUUGUAAUAUAUAAAAGCUUAUCAUGUGAUUGCUCUGAAAACUCUUUGGAUCAUCAACAAAACUAAUCAUAAAUGUGUAUGUAAGUCAGUUUUCCAGUGCCAAAAAAUGCAUCCAUGUCCUAAUUUGGAAGUCUGAAAAGCUCUACAUCUCCUCAUUAUAAACUUCUUCAUAGCACGACUGUUGAAGACACUAACUCCUGGUUGUAGAUUAUGUUAUAACAUUCUUCACUUAAUUGCAUGCACCAUGUGCUCAAUGAACCUCUCUUAAUGAGUCGUAUUGAUAAAGCUGUUUGGGCAAAUUUAAUGUAUGAACCUGUUCACAGUAUGCUAAAUAUACUGGUAGUGACUUUAAUAGAUGAAGAUGCAAAUGUUGCAGAUAAAACUGUCAAAAGAUGAACCUGUCAUAGCAACUUUAAUAGUGUAUCUGUCAUAGUGAGUUUACAUUUAAUUGGAAAAGAUAAACCUGUCUUAUUGAACCUGAAAGAUGAACUUGUGUGUGUCUUUAAUAAAUUAAUCUGUCAUAUUUAAUCUAAAAGACGAAUCUGUAACAGUGAAUCUACAUGUAACAGAUAAACCUGUUGUUGAAUCUGAAAGAUGAACCUGUCAUAUUUAUUCUAAAAGACGAAUCCGUCACAGUGAAGCUACAUGUAACAGAUAAACCUGUCGUUGAAUCUGAAAGAUGAACCUGUCAUAUUUAAUCUAAAAGAUGAAUCCAUCACAGUGAAGCUACAUGUAACAGAUAAACCUGUCGAUGAACCGUUCACACUGAGUUAAAUUGAUGCAUCUGUGCUACACUGGGUGACCUUGACAUUGUGAUUUAAAUAGAUUUAUCCGUCACUGAGGAUCUGAUAUAUGAACCUGUCACAGCAUCUAACACAUUGUAUUAUUGGCAUGAACCUGUUUGAGGGAGACACUUUGAAUUUUACAAAAUGGUUCUAAUCCAAGAAUCCAUAAGUGAUCCAUUUAGUGUGCAGUUCAGUUUAAUCUGCACUAAUCCACUUUAAUUAACUCUUCUUUUUUUCUUCAAAAAUUUUAAAUAGGUAAAACAACACUUUAUUCUGUCAAGCAGUACAUCUGAUAAGUUGUUCCAUAGUGCCUUUCCAUCAAGGGUUCUUCAGAGUAUGCCAGAAAUGUACUUAGGAUUUAAAUUAAGAUGUUCUGACAGAUGUACACCAUAAGAAGUUAUUACAUAACUCUUUACUGUGGAUCUAAAGACUAGACCUUAUUAAAGUCUGGAAAAGAUAACUGUUACAUUUCUGUGCAUUAGUUCAGGCGUUAAAAGCAUUCAGUAUUCUUCCUCCAUGGAUUGGGAUUAACAUGGUCAUUAUUUUGUGCUUAAGUGUGUCAUACAUGCCCAAGUGAUGUGUUGAUCCUAUACUUGUAUUUACUAAAUAACAUAUGGGGGUGAUUGUGUACAUUCAGCACAGGUGAAAGGCCUUUGUUAGUGUAAUUUCUUCAGUUAAUUUUUGUUGAUACUGUUUUGGA